AUGAUGCCCCGUUUUAUUUCGUCUCCUCGCAUUUGGCUCUCCCUGCUGGCAUUGGGGGCAAUUCUAAAGGUACUCAACGAGGUCUACUACACAAAACGUUGGGUCCUGACUGCGGCAAUUCGCCUCCCGUCAACAGCACAGAACUUUGACUGGACUGGUGGCAGUGAAAGGACACGCGAUGGUACCUACGAGCUCAACUUCCGCUACCGUUUGGAUCCGCACCUCCGUGUAGCCCGAUACGCCACAUUUCCUCUUGAUCUCAUCCACAAGAAGGGCGGAAGUGGUAAUAUCAGCUAUGCCGAAAUGGCCCAGAUAGAUGAUACCGACUGGAAAAGACCAAUCCAUCCGGAUGUCUUCCUUCUGUAUCCACAGGCUCUUGCAUUGCGGGAGGUUAUUAGGAAGUACAGACAGACGGGGUCAGUGCCUGAGGUAAGUGAAUAUUCAGCAUCAGAAUUGACGCCUGCUUUGUCGGCGAGAGAGAGACACACGCAAACGCAUUACAGUCACCUGCCCUGUCUACUCAUUAGGCAUUAAGGAAGUGCAGUAAGUGGGCUAACUCAUGAAAUGCCAACCGAAAUUCCGAAAUGCGUUUUCGUUUCCGAAAAGAUUAAUUAAGUAGGGUUGUAAAACCAAUCAUCAUGCAUUAUAAUUCUAUAAUAAUUCCAUUACUCCAGGACGCCGGUCCUAGAACAAACUUCUUUCCGGCUGCAUCUAAAAACCAUACUCUACCCGCAUUCUCUGUCGUUCAUCCUCACAUAUAAACAUGUAUAGAUAUAUACAGUAGGUGAGCUCUCUCAAGAAAUGUCAACCGAAAUGAGUCUUUGUUUCGAAAAGAUUAAUUAAGUAGGGUUGUAAAACUGGACAGCUUGCAACAUAAUUCUAUAAUAUCUCAGUUUUCUCUGGAUGCCGGCUUUCGAAUGAACUGCCUUUCGGCUGCAUGCAGAAACUACACUCUGUAAAAAAAUGACUACAUAAGUAGCGUGCAUUUUCUCAAUAAUCUUUGAUGCGCGUUCGGUAGAUAAUUAUGUCUUUUUCUAAUUUUUUGGUCGAAGGAGGGACAUAAUCCAAUUUUAAAAAAGUUUCUAAUUGUGGGACUUUUAGACAACGUAAAAUGAUUUUUCAUAUAUCUAAUUUCUCUGUAUUUACCAAUGUGGCUUGUAAAGUUAACAAUAUGUAUCAAAUCCGCUGCAAAAUUUUAUGAACCCCAUAUGAUUCCCUUUUAUUAUCGUAGAGAAAUUUGUGCUUUUCCGUACGCGGAAAAUAUACGGCUUGUAGUUUGGGAACUCUAAAUCCAUGUGUAAUGGUAGAUCGGGUUCAAAAUUAUUCGGAAAUUGGGAAACUUUUUUAAAAUCUAAACAUGCACUUUCUUCGGGUAUAAAAUAUAAAGACAAAGUAAUUUUUUACCAAACAAGUAAAAGGAAGCAUAAUUUGUACAUGUUUUCUAUAAAAUAUAUUUUUAUUUACACGACCAUCGAAAAUCAAGAGGAAAAAUGCAUUCUAAUCAAGUAGCCACUGUUACCGAGUUUAGUUUCUUUAUGAGGUCAAAAAGAAGUACAUUCAAACGCCGACAUUCUGGCGAAUCCAAAAUACCAUGGGCUUGUGCCGCGCGCCGAACAAUAUUACAAUCCCAUCUAAGUAAUCCUUCCUAAAGGAAAACGCAUUACAUAAGUUUGGCCAACAUUUCAUAAGAUCGGUUACGCACUGUAAUUUCACAUGGGGAGAUUUUCGAGUUUAAUCUUUUUUUAACUAUACAUUAUAUGCCCUAUCUCAUGAAAUGUUAGCCGGAAUUCUGAAAUGCGUUUUAGAUUCGAAGAGACUACUUUGUGAGGGUAGUAAUAAUGAUUGUUGUAUGGUAUGAUCCCAAAAUAAUCGAGUAGUGUUAUGGUAACGGCUUUUCAACGAGAUUCUUUCUGGAAACCUGCAAAAACUACGCUCCGUAAAUAAUAUAUAUUUUCCCCGUUGAUUUUCGAUGCCCUUAUAAAUUCCGAUAUACUACAUACAUUAAAAAUAUGGAGGAAAGUAUUCUCUCUUAUAUUCAACUGGUAGUGGAUUGUGUCUUCUCUACAUUUUUAAACUUGAAAAGAUAAUAUCUUUUGCUUUAAAAGCUUUUAACUAUGGAUUCCUUAGGACCGUGAGAUGUCCAAUCGUACGACAUCGCAUCGUCAAGUUUAUCAAUGCUACCUAUAAAUUAUACGACCUGGCCCAUAUCCACCGCACAUUUCUAUGAAUCCUAUCUGACGUCUGCCCAGUAGUAUAAAAAGCAUGUAGUAUAGAUUCCUGGAUGCAAGUGUAACGGCAUAUGGAGCAAAAAAUUAUUCGGGAAUAGAAAAGGUUUUUGAAAGCCGAAAGAUAUUCUUUCUUCAAGGACAAAAUUAGAAAGAAGACAUAGUUUUCUACCGACUGAGUACAGGGUAGAAUAUUUUCGUAAAGUAUCGCCGGAUUUAUAAGGACAUCGAAAAUCGAUUGAAAAAAUUCAUACUAUGUGAGUAGUCAUUUUUCACUGAGUAUAGUCCCUGCAGACGGCAGAAAAGAGACUCAUUCAGAAGCCUGCAUCUCGAGGUGACUGAAAUAUCUUAAGGUUAUGUCACAUGAUGAUUAGUAUUACAACCUUACUAUAGUAAUCUUUUCUAAUUGAAAACAUGCUUCAGAGUUUCGGGUGUCAUUUAAUGAGAUGACACAUCCCCUGUACCUUAAGCACCACCGAUGGCGUAGUAAGAACUCGAGUUAUCGGAUGUGGCGGAGAAGGACCAUUUGUCCGAUGGGCAUCUUUCUUCCAUAUUUUCGUUAACUUUUUCCAAGAUUUCGGUGGCCUAACGGUUUAUGCGACGUAGACAUGCUAUAUGACGAAAUGUUAGCCGGAAUUUGUGAUGUAUUUCAAGUUCGAGAAGAUUACUUAAGUGUGGUUGUCACGUUAAUUAUCAUGCAGCAUAAUCCUAGGAUAUGCCAGUCGCGUCAGGAUGCCGGCUAUUUAUCGACUGCCUGCGCAAACACUACAUUCCGUCAAAAACGACUACUUAAUUGGUAUGAAUUUUCCCCCUAGAUUUUCGACGCCCUUAUAAACUAAAGUCCGUUUGGCUAGAUCGCAGUUGGUAGUCAGGAAUGGGGAAGCGGAUGACGACCUUAACCCUAACCCUAACCUCAACCUUAAACGUUAACCGUCAACCCUAACGACAACCUUAACCCGAACCCCAAACCUGACCGAAACCGCAAACGUAACCGUAGCUCUUAGACAUAGUCGUAAAUGAAAAACUUAACCGUAAUACUGAAACCUAAUCGUACGCUCAAAUCCUAACCGUGACCCAAAAACCAGAGCCUAAAGGCAUAACCCUAACCCAAAUAUCGGAAACAAUUAGCCAGUAUCCUAAUCCUAACCUCAAACGUAAAACGAAAGCCAGAUGGGUCGGGCGUGAUUAUGUAGCCCCACAAAAAGCCCCAGCAAACAAACCCCCAGCCACCUGUAAUACCGGGCCUGGCUACCAACUGCGAUCUAGUCGUCCGUUUUAUAGAAAAAAUGCACAAUAAUAGUCUUUCUUUUAUUCAUUUUAUAAUAAAUUUCGUUUUCUUGAAAUGUUAGGCUCAAAGGCAGAUUGCCAUUCGGUCUCAACAAGUUUUCCAAUUCCCGAUUAAUUUUGAACCCGACCCGCUGUUACACUUGCAUUUAAGGAUUCCAAACUGCAACCUCUAUGCUUUCCGUGUAAAGAGAAUUAUAUAUUUCUGCACGCUUUUAAGAAGGCGUCACGUUGGGCUCAUAAAAUUUUGUGAUGGAUUUGGACCCUGUUGUCCACUUUAAAAGCAAAAUGAGUAAAUCUGCUGAUGCGGUGCUUUAUGAUUGGACAUUUCGCGGUCGUGAAAAAUUAAAUAAUUAGAAAUUCUUUAAAACCAAAGAUACGCUUUUUUCAAGCACCAAGUCUGAAAAAGACGUAAUUUGCUACCAAAUGAAUAAAAUAAGAAUAUUUUAUGCAUGUUUUCUAUAAAAUAUAUUUUGAUUUAUGAGAGUACCAAAAUCUACGGGGAAGAUUCACACUGUUAAGUAGUCUUUUUUGACGGAAUAUAGUUUACGCAGUUGGUCGACAAAAAAGCGCGUUCGAAAGCUGGCAUCCUGAGGUAGCGACUGAAAUAGUAUGACGCACGACGGUGCGACAGAGUAGGACGCAACGCCCAGUGUACUGACAGAACUGAGGAAUGUAGUCAGAAUCCCAGUAUCCUUAAUGAGGGUGUACAGUGGAUUUCAUUCUAAUCGGGAUUGUCUUGCCGAUUAUCACCGUCAACACUUACAGAAUCUCACAUCACGCCAGGUCAGGCAUUACAGACGUAUAGAAAAACUUUUAAAUUCCCCAAUAAUUUUGAACCCAACCAGCCGUUACACUUGCAUUCAGGAUUUCCAACCUACAAGCAGUAUACGUUCCGCGUACGGAAAACCACACAUUUCUGUACGGUUAUAAGGGGUGACCGUAUAGGGUUCAUAAAAUCGAGCAGUGGAUUUGAGCCACAUUGUUAACUUUACAAGCCACACUGGUAAAUGCAGAGUCAUGACGUUUUAUGAAGGGCCAUUUCACGGUAUUAAAAAAUCCCACAAUUAGAACCCUUUUUAAAACCGAAUUAUACCCUUCCCUCAAGUGUGAAAUUGAAAGAAGACGUAAUAUUCUACUGAAUGAGCAAAAGAAUGAAUAUUUUUAUGCAUGUUUUCCAUGAAAUGUAUUUGAAUCUUUAAGGACAUCGAAAAUUAAUAAAAUAUGCGUGCUAAUUUUGUAGUCAUUUUUUACAGAAUAUGGUUUUUAGAUGCAGCCGGAAAGAAGUUUGUUCGAAAGCCGGCAUGCUGGGGUAACUGAAUUAUUUUAGAACCAUGCUGUGCGAUGAAUGGUUUUAUUACACUACUUAAUUAAUCUUUUUGAAACGGAAACGCAUUUCGGAAUUUCUGUUGAUAUUUCAUGAGUUCGCCCACCCAUUGAAAUCUUUUUUUGACGGAAUAUAGUUUUCACAGGUGGUCGACAAAAAAGCACGUUCGAUAAUUGGCAUCCUGAUGGAUUUGGACCAUGUUGUCCACUUUAAAAGCAAAAUGAGUAAAUGUGCUGAUGCGGUGAUUGGACAUUUCGCGGUCAUGAAAAAUUCAAUAAUUAGAAAUUCUUUAAAACCAAAGAUACGCUUUUUUCAAGCACCAAGUCUGAAAAAGACGUAAUUUACUACCAAAUGAAUAAAAUAAGAAUAUUUUAUGCAUGUUUUCUAUAAAAUAUAUUUUGAUUUAUGAGAGUACCAAAAUCUACGGGGAAGAUUCACACUGUUAAGUAGUCUUUUUUGACGGAAUAUAGUUUACGCAGUUGGUCGACAAAAAAGCGCGUUCGAAAGCUGGCAUCCUGAGGUAGCGACUGAAAUAGUAUGACGCACGACGGUGCGACAGAGUAGGACGCAACGCCCAGUGUACUGACCGAACUGAGGAAUGUAGUCAGAAUCCCAGUAUCCUUAAUGAGGGUGUACAGCGGAUUUCAUUCUAAUCGGGAUUGUCUUUUCGAUGAUCUGAUGAAUUCUAGGUGAAUUACUUAGGAAAUCCUGCUUGGGCAGUCAACUUACUGUAUCAGAUUUGGUGGAUUCCAGACUUUGCAGUAGGUUGGGCGGGUAACUUGACCCAAAUGUGAUUAAACUUGCGUCGUCCGGCGGGGCCUCGUAGCUCAGGUGGUUAGAGCGUUGGCUGCGCUAAAGCCUUCCCCUUACUACGUGGGUUCGAAUCCCACCGAGGCGCCGAGUUUUUCACAGUUGGGUCAAUAUGAAUUAGUCAAAAUCUGCCAAAAUAUCAAUGGAUUUUCGAUGAUCACCUCCAACACUUACGGAAUCUCACAUCACGCCAGGUCAGGUAUUACAGGCGUAUAGGGUAUUAUAUGAGGUAAACAGACAACAAAAAUAGCUGGGUUUAUCAACCCUAGUACCAAAGCGGGAACUUUACGAGAAAGUGAUAAGGUUAUCGAUAAAUAGUUACUUAACGAGUGUUCAACGAUUCGUAACUCUCUACACGGGACUUCGGAGGCGCGGUUUAUGAAAAAGUAAGAACUCAAUCAAAAUAGUUGUCGUCUAAAUGAACAAUGGGAAAGGGCCCCGUCUGAGCUUCGGUUGUUACACAAAGGCUGUGUGCACACGAGCAAUCGCGCCGUCCGAUCGAUGGGCCUGUCAAAGUGCACUCAUUCGUUUGCCUUGCAACUGUCGACUAAUUAAUUCACGGCCUUGAUUUCGAUGUAAACAUCCGGUCUUGUUAAUAUGGUUAUAAAUGGGUGCCGAAAUAAAUACCACAAUAUUGACAGAACUACUAAUAUUCUCCCCUUUCCGUCUCUAAUUUUCGCAUUAGUGGUAACUAGACCAUAUAAAAGUAUCUUAGCACAUGCUUCAAAGUAAACUUAGCCAUUUAAUGGAGGGCCUUUUCGCGGCAGGUUAUGGAGUAUUCGCAGAAGUAGGCAAACAUCGGGACGUUCAAACAAAAGAUUGCCUGUAGGCGUUAUUACAGCGUGUAAGGGCAUAAAGUCAAACAGAUGUGUAAAUUCAACCUUUCAUAAAGUUUGCACUCAAUUCAACGUCAAGUAUGGCGGUUAGCCGACCUGUACAAUUCGAGUAAAGAUUCAGAAACGAUUUCACAGGAGUUGGCUGCAAAGUUUUAAACUUAACUUGCUGUUACAAUUCCAGUCGUGGUUUCCAAACUACAAGAUGUAUGUUUUCCGUGCAAGGAAAAUCAUACAUUUCUAUAUGCUCUUAGGAAUAUACCGUAUGGUGUUCAUAAAAUUUUGCCGUGGAGUUGAAUCAUAUUGUGCACUAGCAUAAACAAAUACAGUGUUUUAGGAAAAAGAAAAAAUACAGACAACCGGAGAUAAUAUCGUUCAAAAGCCACAACCCUGACCCGCCUGAGGCAUCUUAGGCUCAUGCUAUACGAUAAUUAAUUUCACAACCCUACUUAAAUGGUAUUAGUAGAAUGGUAUUACCGAGGAAGACAAGGGAGACUGGAAUGGCCAUUUCUGGCUCAUUAACCGUCGCCAGCUAGCCGAUUGGGACGAGUUCCGUAACGUGAUCGGUGAGCGCCCCUUCAGCAUCCCUACUGUAAAGCACACAGUGGACAUCGUCGGAAGCGACGGUCGAACUGUCAUAUAUAUCCGACCACAACCGACAGGGCUACGAACCCCUGGCUCAGUGACUAGAGACGUUGAGCAUCUAACAGGUCGCGAGUUUGAACCCCAGGUGCUGCCCACCUCCGCAUUGGGUAUGACUGGCUGACGACGGCUAAUAAGCCACAUAUAACCAUUCCAGUCCCCCUUUUUCUUGCCGGUAAUGCUGUUCUGCCAAUAUUACAUGCCGCCAUGCGGCUGUUGGUGGGGCUUGAAAGAGAGGACUUCAAGGCAUAAUGGGACGAGUAGGUUUCGCAACACGAUUGAUGAGCGGCCCUCUACCAUUAAGUAGUUUUCCCGAAUCAAAACCACAUUUCAGAAUUUUGGUUAACAUUUUGUGAGAUAGCACAGUUACUGUGGGCUGAUACAGCACGACAAACAUUUAUUCAGCCCUCUGAAAUUACGGCAAAUUUGAUCAGUAUAACCUGCGAACUUAAUUACAUUCGGAGCUCGCAUUUCGCAAGCAUGCUCCACUUUACCCGCUGAUGACAUUUCAGCAGUUUCCUCGGUAAGUGUUCCUCUUGCUUCGAAAAACGUAACCUCACAGUACUCGAGACAUCUCGAAUUCCCCUGAUGCAUCUGAAUCCUAAAGGGUUUCUUCUUGGUCCUUUAUAGACCCCAAUCAACAACCCCGCUAUAAAGUUACUCCAAGUUAGUACUUCGGUUUGUCCUCCGGAUGGGGUUAGUGUUGAUGACCGCCAGCACCACCAUGAUCUCGUGGUAAUUGUGAAGUCCGCCGUCUACAAUUUCGAGGACAGACAAACCCUCCGGAGACUCUACGCCAACCUGAGGAAUGAGAGCAGCGAAUUUCGUAUAGGGGUUGUGUUUGUCGUGGGCUUACCCGCCAGCUCACGUGGCAAUCUAUUCCAGCGUGAUGGUUUCGACGUCUAUCUACCCGGCCGGGCCGGCAACUCUCUCCUCAACAAUUGGAGACGGCCCGCCCAGAUUCGGAUUCGACUGGAGGAGGAGAUGCGCCAACACGAUGAUCUCAUCGUGGGCGACUUCGAGGACACCUACUACAAUCUGUCUCUCAAGAUGCAGCACACCUUCGUCUGGGCGGCGCGGUUCUGUCGCCCUGGACGUCCUGGCUUCAUGUUCCUGGACGACGACUUUGCCUUCAAUGAGACCGGCCUCCUGGCCGCUCUCGCCCGUCUUCCGGCCGACUGGCGACGGACAGUUUCCAUUUCGAACACUCGCUGGAACAGCCCCACAGUGCGUCCCGGCGAUUCUGCCGCAUUUCGGAAGUGGGCUCUCACAAAACGCGAAAUUCCCUGGCCAAUGCAUGCGCCGCACAUCAACGGUCACUUCUACAUGCUUGGUUACGAUCACGUUGACGACCUGGCCUUGGCCAUGUUCUUCACCAAGCGCAUUCCCAUUGACGAUGUCUGGUUGGGUUUGGUGAUGCACAGGCUCGGUCUCCACUUCCACCUGCCAGCUGGGAUCGCCUACUCCUCGGCAGAACGAAAAGAUGUCAGUAGAUUUAUCGUCUCGCCCCUCAGAUCCUUCCUCAGUGCAGCUAUGCAGAACCAAGCUGCAUGA